AUGGAUAUUGAUUUUGUUGCCGAUCAUAUCUGCCUGGUUUGGGUAGAUAAGAAUAUGGAAUAUUAUACACGAACAAAAGACAAAUUUCGUGAAAAUACCAAUACAUUGGUAACAUUUAAUAAUCCACAACAAUGCAUCCGGUUUAUAUACCAAAAUCCAACUAAAAAAAUAUUCCUCAUUACUCAAGGUAUGUUUGCACCCUAUAUUGUUCCCGCAGUUAACAAUUGCGAUCAACUAGAAAGUGUUUACAUAUUUUGUCAUAUCGUGGCCAAUUAUCGUUUUGAGGAAAUGCAGUAUGAGAAAAUAAGGAAAGGUGGUAUAUUCGAUAUUGAUGAUGAUUUAAACAUGAAGUUAACAGAAGAUAUUGCAAAAUACUUGAUACAAACUACAAUGGACUUACAAAACAAAGCAAACAGCUGUACCCAAAAAGCUCAAGACUUAAUCGAACGCUAUAGACAGUUGUAUCAAGUGAAAUGUACAUUACUGUUAAAUAGGUCACCAGAUGAAGAAGUUCCUUAUGGUAUUCAAUCAAAAUUAUAA